AUGACCCAACGCCAAGACGAAGCGAAUGGCAUCGAUGUGUAUGACAAACGGCACCUCCAGGCUAAAGCUUUGGAGCGAUGGGAACUCCAAAAGCAGAUUUGGGAAAAAACACGCAUCGGGCUUCUCACGCAGACUGCCCGUGGAAAGCGGAAGCAGGGAAACGCGCGGGUUUUCAUAUCUUCCAACAGCUACGCGCGUGCGAAGCAAGAAGAUUUCAACAUGAUUGAGGCUUCUGUCCCGCGCAUGGCCAUGUCAAAUCAAUUUGGGUGGGAAAGUCUUCUGCGUUGCACGGAUAUUACGCAAGCUUCACGUUAUGUUCGGAUUGGCAAAGGCUACUACCCUUAUCCUCUAUAUGUUGAGAUCCGAGACCCCACGGCGGUGAAAAAAAACGACUUUGCCGACUCACGCAUCGCGUUUGAGGAAUCCAAGGCCACUUUAGGGCAUUCACUUAGCGGAUAUUCCGCCGUCCGGGAGCUGAUGAGGCACAAAUUAGAAGGUAAGAAGUUAAGAAAUAUGCAGGGAAGUCAGGGUAACACUGACGGUACCCUAGACGAGGAGGUGGAGCAAUUCCUGGAAACUGGUGGUUCCUCGCGUGAAAUGGAUCCCAUUCUCUUCAUUGGAUCGAACCGGACAGCGGCUAAGAGUUAUCACAAGUUAUUGCAAACUCACAAGCGCUGCAUUCAAAAGCGUUUUGGACACUUCUUCCAGCCGAGGUGCUUUAUGAAGGUUGAGGGAACCCCUGCACCACGCGUGACGGUAGAUGCAGCGGAGUUUGGGUCCAUGAACGGCAUUGAAACAAAUGAAAACCCUGUGCAAUACUUUCCCCCGCCGCAGCGGCUCCGUCUGCCGACCCCCAAUCCCAACUCGCAAGUCCCCAAGUUCGCUUCCAGUGGUUUGGUGGGACAAAACGACAACAGCGCUAAAUCACUGGGAACGGCCACCACUCCCUCAACCUCGAUCUCUGGAAAGCUUCUGGGGCGCAAGCCAGAAGAUGAGCUUUCGGCCUCCUCGCCAAAAAUAACGUGUGAGACUCUUACAGGAAAGGCGGGAUCGAGUGGUCUCAACGUCACACUGGAGAUCUCGACAAAGCGGGUCUUGAUCCUGGCGCGUCCUGGCGAACUCGCGCAUGGCCAGGUCACGAUCACGAACCACGGCACCGUGACGUUCUUUUACAGCUGGGCGGUCGCGGAUCUGCUGAUGGAGAACAUUACCAUGGCAGCUGAACGAAUUUCCGCCCAGGGAGAUUCGAGGCAGCUGUCGGAUGUCAAAGACAAGGACGGAGCAGAGGAGAAAAGUCCCGAUAACUGUUCGGCUGAGAGUGUGGAGGAGCUGAACAAUUGGCGUGUGUUGCACACCCUUGCGAAACCCGCAGCGGGAGCACAGCCAAGCUUCUUUCUGUCGAGCUCACCUGACGGUGUCAUUCUUCCCGAUGAAUCAGCUAUAUUCGCUUUCUCCGUGCGCAUCCCUCAGCCUGGACGCUUCCAGCGGACUUAUGAGCUCCUUACCGUUCCAUCCUGCGACGCGAACCGAAUUCUGGUGCAGAUAACUGCAUUGGUGGAAAGCGGGGUGGAGAUGCGUGCAAAAUACUUGGCUCGCCCAGUAGCAGAAGCACUGGAGGCCAAGGUCACCAUCGAUAGCCAGCGCCACAUGGUCCAGCAAAUUGUGCGCAACUGUGAACCCUACACGGCAGCGGAUCUCGAAAGCUCCAUCUACGCCCUGCGCUGUGCGGAGGAUAACAAUGCAUCUGAUGAGAAGGCCCACUUACAGCGACAGCGUGAAAGCUGGGAACAGCACAAUGGACUCACUUUUGACGGGAUCCCUUACAACAAGGCGGUGUUCGAUAUGCUGGGACGUGUUUGGGAGAAUCUCCAGCGCACGCUCGCGGAGCUGACUCGCGCCAGCCCUGAGUCCGUGAGUAACGAUAACAGGGAUGAGAAGGCAGCGGGAGAAGGCGUAGGCGCCUCGAGAUUUCCAAUGGGACCGCCCCCAACCUCGCCCGAGGCGCAGAACCAAUCCUCCGAUGGCGAGAUUGUGGCGUUAUGGGAAAGCACAGGCGGCUCACUGGUAGUACUGCUGCACGAGAUCGCGCGCGUCCGCGAUGCGCCCUCACGGAACAUCUUCUACGACUGCACAAUGACGCUUCUUCGUGCGGCACGUGUCUCGCAGAAUGAGCAGGACCCCCUGCAUGAGCUGCUCCAUCGCGCCGCUGAGGUGUUGGUGGAGCAAAUCGAGCUUGGACGUCUCCAUUGGUAUAUAAGGGAAGAGCUUUACCAGCUACAGCGGCCGACGGUAGGGGCUACGACGACCACCAAAACGGGAAGUAGCGGUGGGAAUCAUCCAAGCUCAGCCCCCCGUUCUGGAAGGAAGGCGGCUAACUUGGCGACAGCUUUCAAUCCUGACAUGUCAGGCAGUCGUGGGAGGCAACCCUCCGCUGGUCUUGUACCUAUUCCAGCCGCGCUAUAUGAGCAUCUCCUCCCCCCUGAAGAUGGCGAGGAUAGCUCAGAUCUGCGUGAGAUCCUAUUGAGCGCUGAAAGAGUAGUGCUAAUCGAUGCUUUUAAGAGACGCCUAAAGGCUGAACGGCCUGCCCGCGUUAAGGUGCUCGAGCAGCAGUUCUUGAAGGCCAUUGAAUGUGGAGCGAGAUUACCGCUCCUGGAUGUCGUCCAGAAGCACCGUGCGGACGACGUUGUUGCCAUUCAGCAGAGCGAGCUGAUCGCAGUCGACACAAGCACAGAGGCUCCUACUGUAAAACCUGUCUCAAGUAGCGUAAAAGGAAAGUUUAGGCAAUAA